CGUGUUAUGGUGAAACUAAUUAGCAAGCUAGUUUUCAAACAAAAAAUUAAAUAAAAAACAAUACAGUCGCCCACUUCGUUGAGACGGACGAAUGUAGUCAAACUAAAUUUCCAUAGUUUGGACCAAUAAAAUUAUCUGAACACUUGUAAUCACGAACUGCUAUUUGUCAAACACCUAGCAGACAACAAUACUAUCUAUAAGUCAUAUUAAGUAUGCUCUAGCUUGUUUUUUAGACGUACUAAAUGCUUUUCUAAAGUUUUCCGAAAUUUACGUUGCCUGCUACAGACAUUUGACUAUUCACCAUCGGUCACUGUUAUAAUGGAGAUUCAUUAGAGAGAAUAGUUUUUUAUAAUUCUCUAAUAAUGUGGCCGGCCUGUAACAGUAGCUCCCUCUGACAGAUUACGUCACAGAACUAGCCAGAAAUUUAAGCAUCAUGUCUGACGUUCCUCCACAACAGCCCCCUCCAGCCUAUGCCCCUCCUCCACCUCAAUAUCCAGUUUAUCCCCCAGGCUAUUACCCACCACCCCAGCCUCAAAUAAUAAUGAUGCCACAACAACAACAGCAGCAGCAACAGCAGCAGAGCGUCAAUGUCACAGUGAAUUCAGGCAAUGACGUUGUAGUUGUCAAACGAGGUGUCAACCAUUGUCUCCAUUGUAUAAUAACUAUCUUCUUCUGGCCGUGGAUAUUUGUCUGGAUUGCACUGUGUAUAUGUGAUGGCUUCUAGCUGAAGAGUUGCUCUAGACAACCCACAGACCUUAUGAAUCAAUGAACAGAGACAACGGACCAACUUUGACAUUUGACCUGAUUUAUUUGUUUACAUUCGUGCCUUACCCAUUUGUCUUUUCUUUCCUCCCUUCUAAUUCGUUACCACACAAUGCACAAUCAAGAGUUAAGAGAACAGACUAAGCUAUGGCUAACAGAGACUUUAUAUACAAACAUAGCACUUUCUACCUAUAUGAAUGAUUCUUGUUAGCAUCUGCAGUGUAUUCUAAUUUUAAAAAAAAUCAGCGCACGGCAGAACUCAAAUUUAGAACUUUCACAAUGUUGAUCACUUCACUUUUUUCAAUGAUAAAAGUUAGAUAACCCUAUUAAUAUUUAUCAAAUAUUGUGAUUAGAACUAAAUAACUACCAGCAUUACCCACCGGCUGUGGCGUUGAUUCGUUCACAGGCUAUAUAUAUAUAUUAGGGAUGAUUCUGGUAGUAGCUCCGGCUCUGGCCGAAUAUCCGGCCAUUUUUCAUAUCCAUCCAUAUUCGGCUCCAAAUGUAUAGCCAUUAUUUCUAUUAAAAGCUCAAUGUCAUGGUCCACUUUGUAUUGUUGUUAACGCUAUUGCUCUCCCUUUCAUUAUUCUACCACUCUAUGGCCAAACUUUGAUACAGAUGGGAAAACUCUCUUAACUCACAAAUCUCCAGGCUUUAGAGGAAGGAUACAGUCCGUUUGCUCUGUUUCUUACAGAAUUACAUUUCUAUGUUCAUCUAAAUCAUCUGUGAUAUAAAACUGUGCAUUUUAUAAUACAAUUUUAAUGUAUAUUUAUUAUUAUUACUGUUUGAAAUUCCGUCCCAAAAAAAAAAAGGAAUGUAAAUUCUAUAAGUUAAUUAUUAUUUUGAUAUUGUAAUUUUGUAAUCGCUGAUUACAUUCACAUUAUUUUUUUUUUUCACUUUGUUAUGACCCAUUCUGUUAACACAUACUUUUGGUUUUAUCAUUAUUAUUUAUUAUUAUUAUGCUGGAAACGAAUGAAUAUUCAUUCUCUGACUUCUGCCAGGGUCGAGUUUUGUUACAGAGAAACAAAAUUCAUCGUAAUCCCUUUAUCAGUGUCCAAUAAGUAAUUUUCUGGUGAUGUUGCAGGUCUGCAGCAGUACCGCCCUCUGACAGGGAGCAUCUUCUUAUGAAUGUUAAGGGCCUUAAAGGUUUCUGUGAGGUCAGUUGUCUUUAUCCCUUUGGUUCCCAUAUUGUUUUUCCAUUUCAGUUUUUCUUAGAGUAUGAGACAGUGUUACGGCGAUGUCAAUAAUGGUAGCGUUUUUUAUUUGACCAAUAAACCCUAGAUCAGGGGCGAUUACCGUUUUGUCAGUCGAAAUAGGCUUAUCCCAGUCUUAUUAUUAUUGCUAUGUUUUAAAAUUAUUUUCUACAAAUUUUUUAUUAGAUUUCAUGGACUGUUGAGACUGAAUUUCAAAUGAAACAAUACCCCAAUAUAAACCCAGAUUACCCAUUAUAAUAGACUGAAUGGCUCCAACCAGCACUAUGUGAGGAUAUAUUAUAUUCAAAUAUUAAGAACACAGUUUAUGGAUUUAUUUCCAUAUCAAAGAUUCUUGGCAAUCAAUUUCUUUUUGUCAAAAUAUGUAUCUUUUGUUAGAAAUAGUUCCGCAUUGCCUUUUUUUUAAAAAGCACUACGUUAAGUUUUAUCUUGUUGGUAAUUUGCUCUAAUAGUAUCGAUAAAUUCUAGCAGUAUACUGUAAAUUAUAGCGAAUGACUUGUAAUUCUUACUGUAAACAUUAAGGUAGGGGAAGUAAUCCAACAUAACAGAGCAAUAUACUAGUCAAAACAUUUGUAAUCAAACUUCAAAAACCCACAUCAAAAUCAAGGCAAUACGCAUCAACGCUUGAGAUUUCCUAAAAUCAGAGAUGCAUCGAACGGAACGUGGUUUAAUAAAUAUUCUUACUGUCAUCCCAUCACACAAGAACUGUCUUCCAACAUAGAGUGAUGCAAGUGAACACAUCUAGUUGGACAAAACAUCGGAACACAAGCAUUGGAAAAGAAGGAAACUUUGUCUAAGGAACAGUGAUUCAAUGAACUAGAAAGUAAAUAAACUUAAUUGAUUUCUAUCUAGAGACACAGUCUUCUCAGCGUAACAAUUAUUCUUGUAGAGUCCACAGUGAAAGAGGAUGCAAACCAAAGUACUGUAGAGCUGAUCGUUUCUAGUGACACUUUUACAAUUCUAUUCUAAUUUUUUUCAGCAGUUAAUCGUUUGACAUUUUAUUCUAUUUCAACAUUUAUUCAUGCUAGAUAAUUAUCAGUAAAGGUAAAUAUCUCAAUUACUGCCUCAUCCUUUGACACUGUUCAAUACAUGAUAGACCUAGAGAUAUGUGAUAUGUCUCUACAUACCAAACAUUGACACACCAGAGCUGAUGAAAUCACUCUCUAAAAUAAAUAGUGUUGUAGUUUUGUUUAAGUCUUUUAGAGGAAGACUCUAUUUUUCUACUUAGUUUUGUUUAGAAUUAUAAUUUGCAUCUGCCAAAUGUUAUCAAAUUUGCUGUGAUAUUUAUGUGAUAGUUGUGCUCACUUUUAAAAAUAAAAUUCCGUCCACAAA